GCGUUGGUCCUUCUGUCAUCUGCGUUAGAAGAGAGAAAGUCGGGGGUGCGGAGGAACUCGAUUCCUUCUUUCAUACUUUCUCUCUCCUCUCCCAUCCAUUUUGUCAUCUCUCUCUCUCUCUCUCUCUCUCUCUUUCAUUUGCCUGUUCUGUUCUGUUCUUCAAUGGCGUUCUCCGAUGACUUUCGCCGAUCUCUCAUCCCUUCCUACCUUUACUCUUCUUCUGCCUCCUCCAAAACCCUAGUGCUCCAGAGAACAACCCUCAACAACACUUCCUCUCUCUCCCGAAAUGAAUCCAGGCUUCCCAAUAACAACACCAACUUCCUUAUUCCCGCUCCCAAGGAAUCAGGUAAGAUCGAGAUGUAUUCUCCUCAGUUCUACGCCGCCUGUACCGUCGGCGGAAUCCUCAGCUGCGGUCUUACUCACAUGACCGUUACUCCCCUUGACCUUGUCAAGUGUAAUAUGCAGAUUGACCCAACAAAAUACAAGAGCAUCUCGUCUGGUUUUGGAGUGUUACUCAAGGAACAGGGAGUAAAAGGAUUCUUUAGGGGAUGGGUACCUACACUACUUGGUUACAGUGCUCAGGGUGCUUGCAAAUUCGGCUUCUAUGAAUUUUUUAAGAAGUACUAUUCUGAUAUUGCUGGACCUGAAUAUGCCACCAAGUACAAGACUCUUAUCUACCUUGCCGGUUCAGCUUCCGCUGAAGUCAUAGCAGAUGUUGCUCUUUGCCCUUUUGAAGCCGUCAAGGUUCGUGUUCAGACUCAACCUGGUUUUGCUAGGGGAUUGUCGGAUGGACUUCCUAAAUUCGUCAAAUCUGAAGGUGUUCUUGGGUUAUACAAGGGGAUUGUUCCACUUUGGGGACGUCAGAUUCCAUAUACCAUGAUGAAGUUUGCUUCUUUUGAGACCAUUGUGGAGUUGAUCUACAAGAAUGCUAUUCCGGUGCCAAAAAGUGAAUGCAGCAAGUCAUUGCAGCUUGGUGUGAGCUUUGCUGGUGGUUAUGUUGCUGGUGUUCUUUGCGCUAUUGUUUCGCAUCCUGCUGAUAAUCUCGUGUCAUUCCUUAACAAUGCCAAGGGAGGCACAGUUGGUGAUGCUGUGAAGAAGCUUGGUGUCUGGGGUCUAUUUACCAGGGGUCUUCCUCUACGUAUUGUUAUGAUUGGAACCCUCACUGGAGCUCAAUGGGGACUUUAUGAUGCCUUUAAAGUCUUUGUCGGAUUGCCUACGACUGGUGGUGCUGCUCCUCCACCACUUCCCACUGUUGAGUUAGUGAAGCCAUGAAUAUGAUGAGUGUUUUCUUUGCAGGAUCUCAUUCAUGCAAGGUUGAGAAUAUGCUCCUUUUUGCAUUGUUUUUAUUUUCAUUGAUAAUUGUUAGGGGUGGGGGGUGAUUUUGAAGCUCAUCCUUUUAAAAGAUUCGAUUGAAUGUUGUUUGGUAGAUAGGAAUCUUAAUUAAAUUCCAAGGAGGAUGCAAUAUCUUCCCCCAUUUGAGGAAAGAAAUAAUAAUGGACACAAACAAACCUGUGGCAGGAAAAUUUCCUGCCCUUUAAUUAUUAUUACUAUUGUUUAAUGAAAUGUCAUCAUUCAUGGAUUUUGUCA